UCCACACCGCGCCUUUUAGCAGUAAUACACGCUACCAAAGCACUAUAAAUAUCUAAGUAGUGCUCAUUUGUUUUGAUAAGCACAUGCGAGAAUGCAGAAGUCACUGAUCUUGUGCACCGUUAUCAUUUCGCUCGCCUGUGUCUGCGUCGCUGUCCUGGCCGUGCAGUGGCGUCGCAUUCAGACGCUGCGACUCGAGCUGUUGAACCUGGAGCAGCACGUCAUGUCUUUGACAGGCUCGUGCGGGGAGCGCGGGACCUAUCCGUACACUACCGCCUGCUGCGGGGUUUCCUUGACCCACCCUUUGAGAAACAGCAGAAAGAAAAGAGGUGCGUCAUCAAAACAGAAUCCAAGAAGGAAGAGACAGACAGAGCAGCGUACCUUUGUGCACCUGGUCCCUGCCUCUAUUCAUUCCUACGACGAGCGUGAUUUGACGGUCCUUACUUGGGCUCUUGGGCAGAGCUACGGGGCGGGGUUGCAGUUAUCGGGGGAAACCAUCACUGUGGUGAACAAUGGCACUUACUUUAUCUACAGUCAGGUGCUGUAUAAAGACACCACCUGGGUCAUGGGUCAUGUGAUCACCAAGCGGAUAAACGGGGCUGAAACCAAACUGAUGAAAUGUCUGAAGAGCAUGCCCAGGAACGUCAGUCUCCCUCUCAACUCCUGCUACACUGCAGGCGCUCACUUCCUGGAGUCAGGAUCAGUUCUAGAACUUUCCGUCCCACGCAAAUCUGCUGACCUUAUCCUGUCUGCUCAGGCCACAUUUAUGGGAAUCUUUAGUAUCUGACGUUUUGUUGUCAUAGGUGUGCAUUUUCUGUUGGGCUUUCUAGUGUCACACCAACACACAGACACACACACACACACACACACACACACACACACACACACACACACACACACACACUCAUAUUUUAUUUUUUCCAGACAUAAAUAUAUACAACGUUUUUGUGGCAAAAGGAAAUCACAAAAGUUGCUGUUUUUGUGAGGGCAUAUGGGAUGAUGCAUGUACACAAACCUGUACCUGGAGGGUGCGUUGCUAUUAAUUUUUCUACAUUUAUGAGGUCAAUUGUAUGUUGUAUUGCUUGCUGUUAUCAUUCAUUUAACAAAUUAAUAAUCUUUUUGAGCAUCAGGUCAUAUAAUAAGGAUAGUUUAAGGUAUACUGUGGCCAAAUAAGAUUAAACUACAAAACCUUAGUUAUAUUUAUUUUGGUAAUAUUUGGACAGAAUUUGGUAAUUUUAAUAAUACAGUGUUGCAUUUAUCAAAAGCACUAUAGCCUGUUUCUUUACCAAACAUAGUUUACACAAAAGGUACUUCAAAGCAAACUGGAGAGUUAGUUGUUUGUUUGUUUUUGUUGUUGUUGUUUGUUUUUUGAGACCAACUAACCAAGGUUGCAUGGUUCACUACAGGCAGAAAGCUUUCUCACUGCUAGAGAAAUGAUGGGGAGAGAAUGGAUGACAAGGCAUUGAUUCUUUUUUUGUUGUUGUGAGAAAAUAUUCUUAGACUCUGUCUUAGAGGCUUAUCAUGAGCAUCACUUCCAUGGAGAUAACCAAGCACCCUAUGGGCAAGAGUGUGUGCUAAAAGCUGUAGAUGGAAAAUAAAUUGGUACGAUGAUUAGAGCCAGAGAAACAAACAACCAACAACAAUAUGCAUGACAAAAUAAUCUAAUUCAUACUACAUAAAUAUAUAGCUAAUACACAAAUAAAUAAAUAAAUAAAUAAAUGAGUGAGUGAAUGAAUGAAUGAACGAACUGAGAAAAAGGUGUGGUGCUGUACCCAAACUUAGCCUUUGUAUAAUUCUGUGUUAAUGCAGUCAGAUCCGUAUGGGAUAGCUGUAGGCAUUAUGCUUAAUCCUGUCCCAGCACAGCCAGAUCUGUAUGUUUAUCUGUAUGUUUUAUGCCUAAUUCUUUUUCAAUGCAUUCAGAUCCACAUGUUUUAAGUUGUUCCAUUGAAGGCUUGUACGUGCAGGAUUGUAUAUCAAAUUUAAACAGUCGGGCCUAAUUGGUCAAAACUGACAUUGUCCCUUUCUUCAAAAUAGUUCAGGAGCUGGGUCCAAGUUAUUACACAAUGGACCUUCUCAGAGCUGCAGGGUACUGAAAGACUCUUCCUUCAUUAGCUUUAAAGCCAUUUAAGACGUUAUGAAGAAUAAAUUGGAACUAAGAUGGAGACAUCCUUGUCAGUGAUCAACCAGAAUAAAUGAGGGAAGCUUUUGCAGAGAUCUGAGGCAACAGGGAACUUUCCCACACAGUGUUCAACCUUUGUUCUGUUUGCACUAAACAGAAGUGUUUGGGAUGUUUGACUUGAACUGAUGGAAUUCUGAUGGAGUAAUGUGUGUUCUGAUUAACUGCUUGUUUUGGGAAGAGUUGUAGAAGGGGGGUUAAUUGCUUGCGUCUGAGCUUUCAGACAGAGACCUGUUCCCCCCAUCUGGGUAAAUGUGAUUUUUUUGUAUUAAACCGUCGAGAAUGGA